AUGCUCGCUCUCCGGAUCUGUUUGGUGUCUUGCUUAGCCGGGCUUACCCAUGCCAGUCUGAAGCUUGACUCCGUCCCAGCACCGACAAAACUCUCUCUCCCGGUAUCGCAACAUCCGCAAGGGAUUUGUUACCAGGGCACCCAAGCCGGAUACGGACCAACGGUAGGACCAGACGGAAAGGCUAUCAAGUAUGGCACGGACGAAGAUGUCGUACACGGUCGGGACCCCAAAUCACACGUUGCUGGUACCGCCGUCUGGUCCCGGCCUUCGAUCACUCUUUCGGACGGAACCAAGUGUUGCGAUAGCUUAGCUCAGGUUCGAGAGUAUAUCGACUAUCUGGACAAGACUAUACUUGAUUAUCUGGCCAUUCGCCAACAAUUUGUCGUCGAAGCCGGUCGGUUCAAGGACUCCAAAACCGCCGUCCGCUCGACUGCUAGGGCGGUCCAGGUCGUCCAAAAUGCCAUGGCUGCCGCCAAAGAGAACGGACUGACUCCUUGGGUCGCAAACGCUACAUGGACUACUACUCUCAACAGCUUUACCGAAUUGGAAUUGUGUCUGUUCGACCAAGACGUCAAGGCGAAGAACUACGCUCCCGUGCCUAAUUGA